AUGCAUGAAGAAAUUCAAAUGCAACAGCAAACAUCUGAUAACAAUAUACGUGAAUUACAAUUAGGAUUUUUAACUAAAAAGGGCAUCGAUCGUGGCCGAUACAAUGUACAAAAGAUAAAUGAAGUUGCAGCUGUUUUUUCUACUACAGCAGAUGGUGAAAUUCCUGAAACCUAUGUAACAAUUUAUAAUAAAAAUACUAAAACAUUAAAACAAGUUAGUACAAUGGAUCCAAAUGUAGAACCAUGGAUUUAUCCAUUGUAUUACCCAUACGGUAGUCAAGGUUGGCACGAUAAUUUACAACGUAAAGAUAGUAAUAAACGAAAUCAAAAACAAUUGCGAGCUGAAACUUAUCAAGGAUUAAUUGAUUAUUUAGCAAAUACCGCCAAUAAUAACGAUGCUCACAUUGGAAAAAUGAUUAUACUUCCAUCGACAUUUGUGGGUUCACCGCGUAAUAUGUUGCAACAUUAUCAAGAUGCGAUGGCUAUUGUUCGGAAAUAUGGAAAACCGGAUAUCUUUAUUACUAUGACUUGUAAUCCAAAUUGGCGCGAAAUUAAAGAAAAUUUACUUCCAAAUCAACAACCUGCAGAUAGGCCAGAUAUAUGUGCUCGGAAUUGUAAGAUAUCAAAUUCUGAAAUAGUUGAUAAAUUUAUUUCUGCAGAAAUUCCUGAUCCUAAUGAAAAUGAAAGUUUACAUAAUGUUGUAAUGAAACAUAUGAUUCAUGGGCCAUGUGGAAAUUGGUGUUUGAUAAAUGAUAAAUGUUCGAAACAUUUUCCAAAACCAUUUCGACCUGAAACAACUAUGGAUGAAGAUGGUUAUCCACAAUAUCGUCGAAGAAAUAAUGGAUUGCUGUACGAAAGACCUAGACGAUAUGUUGUUGAUAAUCGAUACGUUGUUCCAUUUAAUCCAACGCUCUUACUUUUAUUUAAUAGUCAUAUUAAUGUUGAAAUAGUAUCAAGUAUACAAUCUGUGAAAUAUUUAUAUAAAUAUAUUUAUAAAGGCCAUGAUGCUGCAUCUGUAGUUAUUGGAGAAAAUAUAGAUAAAACAAUAAACCAUGAUGAAAUCCAAGAUUUUAUCGAAGCUCGAUAUGUCGGGCCCGUGGAAGCAUGUUGGCGUAUCUUAAGCAAACCUUUGCAAGAAAAAAGUCACGCUAUAUUUCGUUUACCGGUUCAUUUACCAAAUGAACAUAAUGUUAUAAUAGAUGAUAAUAUUAAUAAUGAUGCGAUAAGAUUUGCUGUAGAACGAGUAACAAUGUUAUUAGAUUAUUUUCAGUUAAAUGCUCGAGAUGAGGAAGCAAAACAAUAUUUAUAUAGUGAUAUUCCAUCUCAUUAUGUAUUUAAAAAAGUUAUAAUUAACGGCAGAACUAUUAAUCGUUGGGUGAAACGUCAAAGAUAUUUCAAUUGUAUUGGUCGUAUGUAUUCCGUUAGCCCAUCUCAAAUAGAAUUGUUUCAUUUACGUAUACUUUUACUACAUGUUAAAGGAGCUACAAGUUUUCAAGAAUUAAAAACAGUUAAUAACGAGAUACAUCAAACUUUUACUGCUGCAUGUUUAGCAUUAGGACUCAUAGAAGAUGAUGAAGAAUGGUAUCGUGCAAUGAAUGAAGCAAAAGUUUGGAUGAUGCCAAGACGACUUCGUAAUUUAUUCGUACGAAUUUUGAUUCAUUGUCAACCAGUUCAUCCAAAAAAGUUGUGGGAUGAGUUUAAAAAAGAUAUGUCGGAAGAUUAUACAAGACAAUUUGGACCUACAAUAGGAAUAAAGAAAGUUUAUAAUUAUAUUAUUAAUUUACUUCAAAAGGAAGGAUCAAAUAUUGCUAAUUUUCCUGAAAUUGAACAAGAAAUAGAAGAACACGAAAUAAACGACGAAGAACAAAUUGAAGAAGAUACAUCGAUAGGUAUGCGACAAUAUGAACAAUUAAAUACAGAACAAAAAGAAAUUGUUGAUGCUAUUUUAAUAGCAACAAGUAACAAUAAUGAUAACUGUUUUUAUAUUGAUGGUCCAGGUGGAUCUGGUAAAACUUUCAUUUAUACAACCUUGUAUUAUCUACUUAAAAGUAGAGGAAAAAUAAUUAAUACGAUGGCGUUUACCGGUAUUGCUGCAACAUUACUUCCAAAUGGGAAAACAAUACACAAAGUUUUUGGAUUACCUGUACCUCUUUUCGCUGAUUCUACAUCAAACAUUAAAGUUCAAUCUAAAGAGGCUGAAAAUUUAAAACUUGUAGAUGUUUUUAUUAUAGACGAAGCUCCUAUGGCACCACGCUAUGUAUUAGAAAUAAUGGAUCGAACAUUACGCGACAUAAUGCAAAAUGAUUUACAUUUUGGUGGUAAAAUCGUUCUUCUUGGUGGAGAUUUUAGACAAUUAUUACCUGAAAAAGAAUUUGCACAAUUUUUACUAAAUUUAGGUAAUGGUUCUUUAAAUGAUCAUUUAGAUAAUAUUCAUAUUCCAGAAAAAUGUAUAGCAAACGCAAAUUCGGAUAUGGUUAAAGACAUAUACGAAGGAGAUUUGAACUCUGACGCGACAGUGAUUCCGGUGAGAGAUCUUCGCAUAUCUUUUCACGUACAUCAUACAGGGAGCACCGUCGCGCAUUAUAUGCGCGGAAGUUCGUCCAAUAAUCGUUCGUCUUGGCGAAAUUACGGCGCUGAGGAUGGCGUUAUCUCGCCGCUUACGACUUAA